UGAUAGCAGGUGCAUUUGCAGAGCAUCCCUGAUCUAAGAAUGGAUGGCAAGCUCGAAAACGAAAAUUAUACAUAUUAUUAUGAUUAUAAUGAGAGUGCAUACGAGAGUGCAUACGAGAGUGCAUACGAGAGUGCAAACGAAAGUGACCAGGUUUGUUCCUCCUAUUCAGCCUUUCAGGGCUCCAACAUCUUCCUGCCCUUCAUGUACUACCUUAUCUUCUUCACGGGAUUUUUGGGCAAUCUCUUUGUGAUCUUAGUGGUGGGCAGCAAAGGGAAGAGAGGGGGUCGUCUGGUGGACACCUUUGUUGUGAACCUGGCACUGGCCGACCUGGUGUUUGUCGUCACAUUGCCGCUAUGGGCCAUCUCUGCCAGCCAGGGCAACAACCAAUGGGACUUCGGACCGGCCAGUGACUGGCUGUGCAAGCUGAGCAGCUACAUCAUCUCUGUGAAUCGCUUCUCUAACAUCUUCUUUCUCACCUGCAUGAGCGUUGAUCGCUACCUGGCCAUCGUGAGGCUGAUGGACUCCAGGUACCUGAGAAGCAGCUGCUGCAUCCGCGUCACCUGCGCGCUCCUCUGGAUGCUCUCCCUGCUGCUCGGCAUCCCUUCUCUGCUGUACCGGAAAGUGGACCCAAAUGGGGCCUGUAUGGAAGACAGUUCAGACUUUUUUCUAGGCAUGACUCUGGCCAUGGUGUUCCUUACCUUCGUGUUCCCGGUGUUGAUCAUCGUGCUGUGCUACGGCAGCAUCAUCAUGCACCUGAACAAGCACUGCGUGGCUGCUGCAAACCCUCGGGCCGAGGCCCGGCGGAGACACUCUCUGAAGAUGGUGCUCUGCAUCAUCCUGGCAUUUGUGGUGUCCUGGCUCCCCUUCAACAUCUUCAAAUCCAUGGCAGUAAUCACACAUCUCUCCAGGGUUGAUCUCGCUUGUCGUGCUCAGGUGUGGCUGACUAACGGGCUGCUGGUCUCCUGCUGCCUGGCUUUCUUCAACAGCUGCGUGAACCCGGCCAUCUACCUGUUCCUGGACCAGCACUUCAGGCGGCGCGCAGGGAGUCUGUGCAGGAGGUGCGUUGGGAAGACAAACCUGCCCAAGAGCUUCAGCUCCUCGGCUUCCUUCACCAAUGCUGGCACCUCAGAGAGCUUGGGGACGAGUGGGCGAGCACAGCUCCAGAUUUGCCGUCAGUAGGAUUUGUGGGGAGCAUGAACACACUUUGGAGAAGGAAAACAAAACAAAUCAGCGUGACAAAGUUCCCAUGAAGAUCUGUGACAAUAAAAUUUCGACGGACUUGGACUUAAUAUUGUUCCUUUCAAAGCUCCACACACUGACACCAGAAAUGUGCAAAAGAAGAAU